UUGCCAUUUCAUGAUCGAUCCAUUCUCUCUGUUACACCUAAAUACGGUUUGUGACAGUUCGCCACUGUUGCACUCUCUAGAGCCUUCGGAUUCAACAAUUGCUUUGAGAGAUUCGAUUUUUCUGGGUCCUGGACACGUGCUUUGGGGAAAUGAGGACUCCGAGUCGGAGGAUUGGAGUAGUGUUGUGUUUGGUGGUGUCGAUCGCGUGCUUUGCUUCUCAGAUACACGCUUCCGAUGAUGAUGUGAAACUGUACGAUUCGUUUGAUGAGAGCUUCGAGGGAAGAUGGAUUGUGUCUCAGAAACCGGAUUAUGCUGGUGUAUGGAAGCGUGAGAAGAGCGAGGGGCACGACGACUAUGGCCUUCUUGUAAGCGAGCAAGCCAGGAAGUACGCUAUUGUGAAGGAACUCGAUGAGCCUGUUAAGCUCAAAGACAAAACUGUCGUUCUUCAGUACGAGGUCCGCCUUCAAAACGGCCUUGAAUGCGGCGGUGCUUAUCUCAAGUACCUCCGGCCUCAGGAAGCUGGAUGGAUCCCGGAAGAAUUCGAUAACGAGUCACCAUACACCAUCAUGUUUGGCCCCGAUAAAUGUGGUGCCACCAACAAGGUUCAUUUCAUCUUGAAGCACAAGAACCCGAAGAGCGGAAAGUUUGUUGAGCAUCACCUCAAGUUUCCCCCAUCCGUACCUUCAGACAAACUGACGCACGUCUACACGGCCAUUUUGAAACCGGAUAACGAACUGAGAAUCUUGAUCGAUGGGGAGGAGAAGCAGAAAGCCAACUUCCUCUCGGAAACCGACUUCGAUCCUCCGAUCAUCCCGCCUAAGACAAUCCCCGACCCGGAGGACAAGAAACCCGAAGAUUGGGAUGAGAGGGAAAAAAUCCCCGACCCGGAUGCCAAAAAGCCGGACGACUGGGACGAGGAUGCCCCCAUGGAAAUUGUGGACGAAGAAGCUGUGAAGCCCGAGGGGUGGUUGGACGACGAGCCUGAAGAGAUCGAUGAUCCUGAGGCGACAAAACCCGAGGAUUGGGACGAUGAAGAAGACGGAGAGUGGGAGGCGCCGAAAAUCGACAACCCGAAAUGCCUGGAGGCUCCGGGAUGCGGCGAGUGGAAGAAACCGAUGAAGAGCAAUCCUGCUUACAAAGGGAAAUGGCACGCGCCGCUCAUCGACAACCCCAAUUUCAAGGGUAUUUGGAAGCCUCGGGAGAUCGACAACCCCGAGUACUUUGAGCUUGACAAGCCGGACUUUGAGCCCAUUGCAGCUGUCGGGAUUGAAAUCUGGACAAUGCAAGACGGCAUCCUUUUCGACAAUGUUUUGAUCGCCACGAACGAGAAGGUUGCGGAGUCGUACGUCGAGACAGCGUGGAAAUCGAAGUUCAAGAUUGAGGAGGAGAAAUGGAAGAAGGAGCAAGAAUCAUCCAGUCCCAGCGUCCUCACCGGUGCCAAGAAAGUGGUGUUCGACUACUUGUACAAGGUCGCCAACCUCCCGUUCUUGGAGAAGCACAAUGAACAGAUCUUGGACUUGAUUGGAAAGGCGGAGAAGCAGCCGAACAUUACAAUCGGAGUCCUCGUCUCCAUUGUCGUUGUUGUAUUCACCGUCUUGUUUAAGCUUAUAUUCGGCGGAAAAAGGAAGACUGCGACUGUGAAGGCAGAGGUUAAGAAAGCAGACGAUGAUGAUGCUGCUGCAGCAGAGGGCUCUGAGGAGAAAAAUGUGGACGAUGAUGACGAUGCUGCUGCAGCUCCAGCCCGACGGAGGAAUGUGAGGCGUGAAUAACUGACUGUGGCUGAUACUGAGGGGCUCGAUAACGGGUUCGUGGUUGGGAUUCAAUUUUUUUUUUUUUUUUUUGAAAAUUUCACGUUUUUGUGUAAGGAGGCCUAAUUGAUUGAGGUUGGGAUAUGGUACACAGUAGAAUCUGGAUUUUGGUUAAAUUGAGAUGUUUUGAAGAAGGAAACUUUUCUUGCGUUAAA